AUGGAUAAACUUUGCUACACCUUGGGGCCAUUUCGGUCCAGUGUACAUGACAAGGACUCCCAACUAAAUGUUUUUGUUUCCAACAAACAUUUCCAAAUCGAAUUGAAAGCCGCCAACUUUGAGAAGUCACCGACACUUCUAGCAGAUUACUUACGAUAUCAUGAUCAUCUAGAACCUGAUUAUCUGCCUGAAUCAGAUGAAGAUUUUGGCUCAGAGGAUCCUCUUGAAGAGUUGGCUGAAUGGGCAUUGGAAUAUUUUCUCCCAAUUUUUCGCGAGAUUCUACCUUUAGAUAUUCAUGAGAAAUACACUCUCUAUGAUUAUCUAUUUCCAGAAGUUUUCCAUUAUUCACUAGAUGUCUAUCAAGACAAGUUGGCACCUAUCUUCCUAGAUAAGGCUGGAGAUAAGCGGUUUCUUAGCGCUCUUCUCCCAGACAAUACCUUACCAGCUAUUCCCCGAAAAGUAUACAUCCAGGGACAACAUAUUCAAGUCGCUUUCUUAAAAUCAGUGGGCGCCGGGGAUGUGAACAGCAUAUGCAGAGAAAUCAGCGCAUACACGAAAAUACAAUCGGCCUUACUUUCAAAGCCUAUCAACACAAGCCGGCUACUUGGAAUUGUUCGCAUUCCUUCUUCAGGCCGAAUUGUUGGUCUACUUCUCUCAUAUAUUGAGUCUAAGGAUAAUAAAACCUUGCUUUGUAUGGGAAAAGACCCCCAACAUGUCUCGAUGGGGCAGAAAUGGCUAAGCCAGAUCACCCAGUCUAUAGAGGGGCUCCAUGUGUGUGGUGCUGUUUGGGGAGAUGCCAAACCUGAUAAUGUUCUAAUAGAUACGCAAUUCGAUGCGUAUCUUAUUGAUUUUGGUGGAGGCUACACCAAGGGCUGGGUGGAUAAGGAAUUAGCAAAUACCGCUGAAGGAGAUCUCCAAGGCCUGCAAAGAAUCUCCGAAUUUCUCUUUGAAUAA